AUGAACGAAGAAGUAACGAAUAAGUUUGAUCUUAUAGAUGUAGAACCGAAAUCUCUCGAAUUUUUUUAUGACUGUGCAGAAAAUGUAGAUGUUUUUGUUAAAAAUAAGAAUAAUAUAAUAGAAAAAAAGGUCUUGACAAUAAAAAAUAUAUGUACAAAAACGCAGAACAUUAAAAUAUUUGAGUCAGAUUCAAUAUAUUUAAAAAUAAAAGGGCUAAAAAAAAAAAAGUUAGCUCCAGGAACUAGUGAAAAAAUAUUAGUACAAUUCUCUUUUUGCAAUUUUGAUACAAAAAAAUGUAAAUACUAUAGUGGCAAUAGCAAUAGUAAUAGUGGUGAUAAUAAUGGUAAUAGUAAAAGUAAUAAUAAUAACAAAACGGGGUUGUUACGUAAACUGAACAAUAUAGAGUGCACAGUAUAUGUGAAAGUACAGAGCGAAUAUUCGACAUUGCAUAUACCCAUUUACAUUAAAAAGAAGAUUCCUUUAUUCGUUUUUAAUAACAUAAUAAACUUUGGAGUAUGUAAAAAUAAUAUGACUUACCAUUUUUCUCUUCAAGUAAGGAAUGAAGGGACUAAAAAAGGGACCUUCACUAUAUGUAAGGAAAAUUUUAUAGAAGAAGGAAAUGAACAAAGUAGGAACAACGAAAUUGAUGGUGGUAAACAUGCAUUAGUUCGCUUCAACGGUAAUAUAGAAACGAAAGAGAAGGAAGACAAAAUAAUCAAAAAAGAAAUGAGCGAAAAAAAAAAUAAUCUUAUCAUCGAUUUUGACAAAACAUCUAUUGACCUGGAUAUAAAUCAAAGUGAAAUAAUAAAUAUCAAAAUAAUAAAUACAAAAGAAGAAAAAAUUCAGCGUACGUAUAAAGUCUUAACACAAGAACAUAGUUACUUCUGUGAGAAACCGAAAAACAUAAUAAUAAUUGCAAUUUUUGUAAACAGUCAGACUUCCUUUAUUUUUGACAAUGUAAAAACUAAUCAAAUAAACCUUAAUUAUAUGUAUUAUGGAAAUAACAGAAAAUUUCAAGGCCGACUAAAAAAUGAAAAUAAUUACCCCAUAUUUUGCAAGUAUGAAAUAUGUAAAGUGAAUGUAUUCUAUUCUAUACAGAAUUUUCAAAAGUACGCUGAUGACAACAACUUAGAUGUAGGGCUGCUCAUGCACGAUUUAAACGAUAAAGCAGAAAAUGAAUUAAGUGAAGAAGAAAAAAGAGAAAAAGAAAAGUUGUUUACUAUUGCAAAAAAGAGGUUAAAGGCUGAGGAUAACAUAACUGUUAAGUUAGAUAAAGAAGAAGGUUAUCCUGUUCAAAAAUUAGGAUAUCAUGAAAUUUUAUUUGAGCUCCAAUCGAAAUGUGAUAUUAAUUUUUUAGAAAAAAUAAACAGAAAUACUUCGUAUUUGCUCAACUUUCCUGCUGUUUUGGAGUUAAAUCUACAUAUUAGGAAAGUUGAUGAGGAUAAAAAAAAGGGAAAUGAUGAUACUCCAAAUAGGGAUGGAUAUACAGAUAUGCAUAGCAGCACAAAUAGGGGCGAUGAAGAAAUAAAACUGUUCUUCAUCUUCUGCUUAACAUUUCCUUGUUUCGCCUCAAGUAGUUAUUUUCUAAAUUACGAAACAGUUACGUUAAAUGAAGGAAAGACAUUAAUAAUAGAAUUAAUGAAUAAGAAUAAGUUUUUAAAAAUAAAUUAUUGCAUUUCUAAAAUUCCUUAUCUAACAUUGAAUAAGAAAGAAGGUUGUAUCGUCCCUCUAGGGAAAGACAUUAUAUCGCUUAAAUUAAAAUGUGAUACCAUUAAAAAUAUUGAUGAAUAUAUGUACAUAUUUUUUUGUAAUAAUUUAUAUUUCUUUGUUCUUUUAAUAUAUGCACAGGUUAAGUCUGUAUUUGCAUCAAGACAUGUGUCUUCAACAAUUUUGAUAAACAAGAAAAGGACAAAUUACAAUGGGGAUGUUGUUGAUAGUAAAUUUUCAUCUUCAUCUACCAAAAAAAAAAAUGACGAAAUAUAUGAACAAAUCAUAAAAAAUUUGGAAUUAGAAAGAGUAGACAGAAACUUAUAUUUAGAAGAUGGGAAACUCGAUAAGUAUAAAUAUAAUGAGAGUUUCAUGAACUUUUUAAAAGAUAACAAAUCAAAAUAUAACGAUAUAUUAAAAUAUAUGUAUAAAAAACGAAAAAAGAGGGGAAAAAUAAACAACAAUAAUAAUAACGAUAACAAUAACGAUAACAAUAACGAUAACAAUAACGAUAAUAAUAACGAUAACAAUAACGAUGACAAAGUAGUGCAUGAUAAAGAUUAUAAGCGGGAAAAAAGAGCAGAAGAAAGAAUUAACAAGAUAGUGAAAGAUCUAAAUAUAUAUCUUAAUGACACUGGAAUGGGUAGAAUGGAUGAAAAGAGCAAAAUGAGCAAGACGAAUAGAACUUACAAAACGGGUAAAGCUUGCAAGAUUAGUAGCACAUGCAUUCAACAUGCGGUGUAUGAGGAGAGGAGAAAAAAAUAUAUGAACAUGAAAAAGAAAAUUUUUAAAGAAAAGGAUAUAGAAGAAAUGAGUAAAAAGGAUGCGGAUUUGUUUUUUCACGAGAUCUUAGAGCAACAUCAACUUAAUAAUGUUAAUUUUCCAAAAAUAAUUCAUUUUGAUAACGUUCUGUUAAAUAAUAAUUACCAAAAACAGUUUGUAAUAACCAACAGUAAUAAAGAUUGCAGUGUAAAAAUAAAUUUCAUACAUAGUGAUAACAUAGAGCUAAAUAAGGACAUUUUAAUUUUGAGCAAAAAUUCGGACAAGCAUGUAAAUAUAAACUUCAAGUUAUUAUCUCAUACUAAUUUAAUAAAUAGAUACAGAAAUUAUCAAAAUGAUUCUAUAUUUAAGCAAUCUAGUGAAAUUUUUAAUGAGCAGUUAAAUGAAAAAACCUCACCUCAAAAUGAAGAGAUAAAGUGUGUGCUAAAUGAAAAAGGGAAUAAUUCUACCUAUGAUGAAUCAAAUAAAAUUUUCAGCAAUUCUAUAAACGACUUUUUCCUUGAACAGACAUACAAAGAAAUGAUACAGCUAAAAAUUAAUAAUGCGUAUACAGAAUUCAUCAUAAUUAAAGCGAAUUUAGUAUAUUUAAACGUUUUACUUGUUAGCGAUGUUUUAUAUUUUCGUUUUCAAGGUACAGAUCUUGGGAUGAUUCAGGAAAAUAAACUAGUCAUGUACAACCCCUUCAAUACCCCUAUUUGCGUAAGAACUACUUGCAACGAGCAGCUUUUUAAAGUGGAUGCCGAAUUUACCAUACCCCGUAAUGCUUAUAAAACUGUGCCUGUUAAAUUUAUUGCACCCCAAAAUGCCAGUAAUGUGGAAGAGUUUAUUCAAAUCUACUUGGACGGCAGUAGGCUAUACAAAAGUGUGAAAUGCGAAUGUUUUGUAAAUAAGGUAUUUUAUAAAGUAAACACAACAGAGAUUAAUUUCGAGCACAUACUUUUAAAUAAAAAUUAUGAAAAGGAUUUUUACUUAACCAACACAAGUGACUCUCUUCUCUCCUUCGAGUGCGUCUACAAGCCCGAUUGCGUUAGUAUAAUUUCAAAAUACAAUUUUGUUAAUAAAAAUGAAAAAUCGAAAAUUACUGUGUGCAUAAAUCUGAAGGAGAGUGAAAAAAUUAAAGAUAAAAUUAUUUUCCGCAUAAGAGGCUCGGAGAACUUGGUUAUUCCUAUAACGGCAAAGCCUUCCCCAUCCAACGUGCUCCUCUGCAACAACGUACAAGUGGCACAAGAAAGUAAUGAAAUAAAAAAUUAUGAAAUAAAUAUUCUAAACAAAGGUUUGUGUGAGGAAAGCAUAAUUUUAGAUCUAAGUGAGCUAUCCUUUUUAAAUAUCUACACAAAUAACAAAGGACAAAAAAAAUUAAUGAUGUCAAAUAAUAAGGAAUAUAAAAAUGCGGAUGAGAUGAUAGAUAGCCAAAUGAUUUUAAGUAAAAUUUCAAAAUUAGAACACGAAGAUAUACUAACAGAUGAAUGUACCAAGUAUUACUAUAAUCAGUUUAUAAAACUUUAUAAUUUUAUAAGUACGUAUUAUAAGCAUAAAGGCGAAAUAAGGUUUAGCGAAAAAGGGGAAAAGGGCGUACCCCUUCCCAAAAUGUAUAGAAUUAAUAUUCCUCCAAAAAGUUUUGCUUCCUUGUAUUUUCAGUGCUAUUAUAACAAGUGCCUAAAAAAAGAAAUCGCAUUUAAUGGUUUAUUAAGAUAUAAUGGUAAAAAUGAUAACAGUAAUAAUGAUAAUAGUAACAAUGGUAAUAGUUAUCAUACCGCGUAUGGAAUGAAAGAAGAGGAAGUAAAAAUAGAAAUUAGGGCCAGCUGCUUAGAAGUAGAACCCUAUUUUCUCUACUUUGAAGAUAUGCUUCCCUCUAGUUCAGAUAAAGCAUUAAUAACCUACUUUACAAAGGAAAAAACGAAAAUUCUAAAAAUUAGAAAUGCGUCCAGUCAGGUGGUUCGGUGGGAAAUAGAUAUAUGCAAUGAAAAGGAAAAACAAAAUUAUUUGAUCGGAAUAAGAGGUGGAGAUUGCAGGGAGAGAGUUGAAAAGGGAACGGUUCACUCCACUCUAGAAGAAGAGGCACAAAAGAAGGGGAGAAAAGAUAUCCCCAAGAAGGGAAGAAGCGAAUGGGGACAUAUGGGACAGAAUGGAGAAAAGACCGUACAGGCUCUAAAAGUAGAAAGGGGCACAGAAAGCAAAGUGGGAAAAAGAAACGAAAGAGGAGAAAUAGGAGAGAAAGGAGGCGUAGGAGACACAGGCUAUAUAUUUGAUAAAGAAAAGACAGACAAUACAGGCAAACAGAACUACUGGCAGAAAUAUGAAAUAGAGCUGGGAAAAAAGGAAGGAACACUGGAACCAAAAGGGGAAGUAGAGAUACAAGUGAAAUUAAAAAAUUUUACACAAAGUGGACGAUACGUAGAUAUAUUGUCAAUAUCGUACGAUCCUGUGGAGGAUCAUAUAGAAAGGAGUAGUAAUGAAAAAGAAGGAGGCUCAAAAGAGAUAAUAAUAUCGAACUAUAAAAUGGAAUUGAAAAAAAUAAAUUAUUGUAUUUUUAUGCUUCUAAGUUGUAAAAUACCGAGAUUGCUCUUCGAUGUAACGUAUAUUAAUAUCAUACAUAACAAAUUAAAUGAAUACAUUACUUUCCCUUUUCAUAUAUACAACAGUGGUUAUAAUUAUGUCCGAGUUAAUUACUACCUUAAUAAUUUAUACGAAGAAUAUUUCUCCAUAUCAUUAAAUUUUACGAACGGAAAUGAAAUAAAUGAAAAAAUAAAAAAAGUAGAUGUAUGUUUAAAAUGUAUGGCUAUCCGAAAUUUGAAAUUUAAGACAUAUAUCAUUAUAACUGUGUUAGAUCAUGACCAGUAUGUCAUUCCGUUAUUUGUAAAUAUUGAUGAAAACAUUGAUUAUCUUUUUGAUAAAUUGGAUCAAGAAAAUGAACAUCUACAUGUGAACCAUUCUCCUUCGAUGCCUGCUUUGCACAAUAUGCAUAUUCAGUGUGGAAAGAAAAAUUUAUCAGAGUUAGAGAAAAUAAAGGAUAACCCGAUCGGUUAUAGGAAUAACGAUCAAGGUAUUGAGGAUAGGGAUGAUGGAUAUGGGGAUACACAACACAACAUCAACCACUGCAGCACUUACAGAGAUGACCGAGAUAAGCAGAGUGCUAAAGAUAUGUCCCAUACCAGGAGGAGUAACAAAGAGAAAACAAAUGGAGGCGAAUGCGUAUACAAUUCCGAAUAUGAAUCUACCAGUUGUACAUGCAGCAGUGUUUGUUGUGAUGAUAACAUGCUUAGAUGUAAUUGCCAAGAGAGAAACAGUAAAUUUCUGUCUUUUUACAGCAAAAAUGCGGGCCAAAGGGACAUAAGAAAAAGCGUAUGUAUAUACAAAGAAUUAAAAAUAAAACAUAUAACAAAUGUAUAUUAUAAUAAAGAAAAAUAUUUAUUAAACAUAAGUGAAAUAACUAAGGAUUAUGUUUUUAUAUUUCUUCAAAAUAUUUUACUAAGUAAAUACUAUGCUCCAAGUGUUAUAGAAAAUACAAACGAUCUAUUCCUAUUUUUUAUUAAUUUAUUGUAUGAGCUUUUCUUACUAUACCCAAAUAAAAAUAUACAAAAUAUAGUUAAUAUAAUAAAUGACGUAAAAUCUUAUAAAAAUAUAUCAAUGCAAGACUUGGAAAAAAAUAAUUUUCUCCAGGAAAAAUUCCUAAAAAAUAUGAAAGCUCUUUUGAAAUACUUAGAGGAGGAAAACUUACUAGUGUAUCAUAUAAUUUAUGAAAACCUAUUACCUCUAGAUUUGUAUCUUUGGUACAUCUUCGACAAAGUACCUGACUACUUUUACCUAAAAAAGGGCAAAGGAGGAGAAGAAGAAAUUAAUAAAAGAAAAUGUAUACAAAUUGAAGAUGUAGAAAAUUUUUUAACAAAUGGAAAUAAUAAAAUAUUUUAUUUAGAUAGAAUUUUUAAAACUCAUUUAAAGUUAUUCAGUUACUCAUGGAUUACUAUAUUGUUCGAACUUUUAAAUAAAAAAUUAUUUAGCUGUGUCAAUGUAACCUCUUUGAAUAAAUUAAGAGGAAUAAAAGUGUGUAACAUAGAAAAUAAACUCAAUGAAAACAUAAAAAUUUAUAAAAUAAACUAUCUAAUUGUUUUAAAUAAACAAGACAAAGAGCCAAACAAACAUACCAUUUUUCUAAGUGAGAAAAGAAAAACAUCAAAGAGAAAAGAAAAUAGUAGUUCAACAAAUAUUACUCCAAAGGAUAACAACCCUUACGAAGAUAAAUCUGCUAAAGUUAGCAGUGUAAUCAAUAUGGGGAAAAAUAAAAAUAAUUACUUAUCCAAUUUUUAUAUGAAAAAUGGUAGACCCACACAUCAUAAUAGUAUUAUAAAGAAAAAAAAAAUGAAUAAUGGUAAAAAUACCUACACGAUAAAUUAUUUUAAUUUUUAUGAAAAUAAUUUUAUCGAUUUAAAAACAGUUGUAAAUAAAAUUAAUAAUUUCACUCAUUGUGAGGAAUUCGAACAGGGGGUGGAAAAGGAGCGAGAUAUAUCUUUAGAAAAGCAUGAACAAAUUAUAAAUAGAGAUGAUAAGGAAACUACACAGAGAAAUAUUCGAAACAAAACAUAUUCCAAAGGGGAGGAACAGGAAAAGGAAGAGAAAGACAAUGUACAAUUUAAAAGAGAUACAGUGGUAAAGGAACAAAAACCAUGCUUUCACUAUUUUAAGAGUGCUGAAUACAUACUAUUUGAAUGGUUGUAUUUUCAUUAUAAUAAUAUAAAUUUUGCAAAUGUAGAAUAUAAAAGGUAUUUAUUUAAAGAGGAUAAUGAGAAAAUAAAAAAACAACAACAAAAACAAAAUGAUUUAAUUUUUCCUAAUGUACCAAUGAAUAAAAGCAAAGAGGAGGAAGAGACUUCUUCAAAAUGUAUGGAGAAUAAUGAUGUGCCACUCAUAUUAAAUAGGUCCAACUUUUAUGUUGAAAAAAAAAAAAAAAAAAUUAUGGAAAAAAAAGAUAAAAUAACAAGUAUAUGCGAUUUAAAAGAUUUAGUAAUAAUCAUAUAUACUAUAAUUUCUCACAUUCCGUAUUAUUUGUUUUUUAAAAAUAAAAUAAAAACAAAAUGUAUAUCUAAAAAGGAUUACAUAUAUAACAUAGACAUUUUGUUAAUAAUUCUGCAUGAAAUGAAAUUAGAUAAAUUAAUAAGUAGACAAGUAUUGAUUGAGUUUAAUUAUAUUCACAUAUUUUUGUUCUUGGCUUCUAUGUAUUUUAUAUUACCAAGCUAUUUGCCUAGUUACUACUUAGUUGUGGAUGAUUUCGCCUCCUACACAAAUUGCGUUGGUCUUAUAAAGGAAGAAAUGAUAAGCAAUAACAAAAAUAAAAAGAAAAAUACUUGUAAUCAAAACGAAAAUGAAAAGGCAGGUAUUAUUAAACUUAAUCUGACUACACCUGAGGAGCGUGUUAUAACCAUCUACAAUUUAAAUAAUUACAAGUGUAAAUAUAAUGUAUUUUUAAUAGGUUGUAACAAGUACCAAAUUGACAGAGAUCAUAUAGUUAUUGAUCCACUUAAAUCAGAAGAAAUAAAAUUGAAAAUAGACAAAAAUUAUGACCAAACUAUUUGUAAGUAUAAUAAUAACACUAGCAUUCAAUUUUCAACCUUUAAAAAUAGGAGAAAAAAAAAGGAAACUAUCGAUGAAACUACAACAUAUUUUGACGAAAGUUAUUCCUUUUCAUCGUGUUCAUCGGAUGAUUGUAAAUGCAAUUCUGAUGAAGCUGAAAAGAUUAGUGUAAGUAACAAUGGUGAUGAUUCCUUGACCCCAAAUGAAAAUUACGCUAUAUUAGUCUUGAGGGCCGAAAACAACUACUUCCCUGACGAUAAUGAUGAUGAAAAGUGCAUUUGCAUUAAACUUAUCGAAAAAGACACACAUGAAAAGUCAGAUCUCCAGGCAAGUAAUUUAAAGAAGGAAAAAAAUGAGUGGAAUGAUUUAAAUAUUAAUGUAAAGAAUUCCGAAACGAGGAAUAAUAAUAUCAGUAAGGUGCACCUUUCGAAUUCCUCUCAAUUAAAUGUAAUGCUUAAUAAUAGCGAAGUAAAAUGUUUGAACUUGAGAGGUAAGGUAUAUGAAAAUAAAUGCUUGGAAAUAAAUUUGAUAAACAACACAGGACGAAACGUAGAAAUAAAUUCGAAUAUUUAUCACUUAUAUUUAAAGGAUUUAAAAAAAGAGGAAAAGAAAAAGAAAAUUUUUGAAAUAGAUAUAAUAAAUAAUUUAAACAUAAGUAAUGACCAAAUAUAUAAAGUGUGUGAUGUAUGUACAAUAAUUAACAGCAAUUUAAGGAAUCAUUUGAAUAGAAAGGAAAACUAUUUUAGCUGUUUUUAUGUAGAUAAUACAAUACCUAUUAUUAUUAGUAGAGAAAAUGAAAAGAAGAAAAAAAAAAUACAAUUACACUUUUUCCCUUUUAUGGAAGGUUAUUAUUUUUGUUUCAUCCUAUUUUAUGUUAAGGAUGUAAAAACGAAAUAUUUGAUAUCAAUGUGCAAGGUCAAUUGUUUCUUUUACAUAAAUAAUAUAAAAGAGGAAGAAAUAAUUAAAAUGAAUUCUCAAUUGUAUGAUUUUUCGUUCAAUAUAAAAUUAAAUCCAAUCAAUAAAGAAUUUUUGAAAUGUGUAAAAUACAUUUUGUGCAAUUUGAAUAAAAUGGACGAGAAAUUCUUUUUAAUCUAUUUGAAAAGUUAUCUACAAAAUGUAAGCAAAAACAGGAGUAGUUUUUAUAUUACAUGUGACAGGAAGGAUAAAAUGAUAAUAAAAAAAAAUUUUGUAUCCUUUGAAAAUUUUGAUUAUAAUAAUUAUAUAAGUCAUAUUAAUACUCCAAAUUUAGACAUAGACAGAUUAUAUGAUAUAAUAAAAGAGGGAAUCAAUUAUUUAUGUGAACUGAGCAUAAAAGAGGAGAGCAACGGUGUUUUCGAGUAUAACUGCGUUCUUCUAAUGAGGAAAGGAGAAGCAGAGAAGCAGAAUAAGAAGUCGCAUAAACAUACUCAGCAGAAAGAAGGUCUAAAAACAGAAAAAGACGCAGACUGCAAUAUGCUUAGCUACGAACAGAUUGGACAUUCCCAUUUAAGGGAACAAAUCGGCAAUCAUGAAAUUUGUUACAAGUUGUAUAAAAUUAUAGCAAAUGUAAAUAAUAAGAAAAAUAAUAAUAUAAACUCUAUUAUAACAUUUAACACGAACGCAUAUUUAGAAACUAAGAAAACUAUAUCAAUAUACAAUUACACGAAUAGCACUAUAACGUAUAAGUGUACAUACUCCGACACAGUAGAUCAUAAUAACAAUAAAAUAAAUUAUAAAAUUUUUAGCAGUAAUGAAUAUGUAGAGAUACCUAAAGAUGUAGAAACGUUUAAUUUUGAAGUAACUUGUUAUUCUAUUGUAGAAGUGUCUUGUUCAUGUUUUAUUAUCUUUACUAACAUAAAAGAUGAAGAAGAUCAAAUAAAAAUUAAGCUUCAAGCCAAUAUUAAAAAACCUUACCCAAAAGAAACAAUUCAUAUAAAACUAUUAAACAGAAUGAAAAAAACAGUACAAAUUGAAUUAUAUAACGAACUGCAGUUUCAUUGUGAAUUCAAAAUUUAUUCUGAUUUGUUCAUUUUAUUCGGUGAUAAAACUAUAGAAAUGCUACCCAAACAGAGAAAAGUGUAUACCUUCUGUGUGAGAAGUGCUCACAUAGGUGAGUUCGUGGGGUGCCUCAUAUUUAAGUUUUACCGGUUGAUAGGUGCUGAAAGGGGUGACCUUCACAGAAGUAACGUUAUCGUUAGUAACAUCAGCAACGUUAGCAGUGAAAGCAGAAGCAACGUUAGCGGUGAAAGCAGAAGCAACGUUAGCGGUGAUGAUACAAGAGAGCAUCUUUUUUAUUAUUUUUUCUGGUACAAAUUGAACAUCACCAUUGAACUGAACAAGCCAAUAAAAAUACUGUUUCUUGAAACAUCCGUGGGAGACAAAGUAAAUAAAGAAAUUGUUUUGAAAAAUAAUGGAAAUGAAAGCGAGGACUACUUCUUACUAACAUACAUGAAUGAAUAUAUAGAAAAGAAGCAAGUUAAGAUACAAAAAAAUGGCACGUACGUCCAUAAUAUUAAAUACAUGCCAAAAAUACCAAAUUAUUUUCAUAAUAUAAAAGAGGCUUCAGACAACUUCAAGUUAAGCACUAAAAGAAAUAAAUCUUUUCAUUAUUGUUCGGUUGAUCAGUUAGAUAAAGAAGUGGAAGGGACUAACCCUCUUCAAAGUGGUUAUAAUGAUUUUCCAAGUGGUAAAAACAGAGAUUGCACAUAUAAAGGAGGCAAGGAAAUGGACCUUGCAAAGGAAUUGCACAAAUUUUAUUUUCCGCCAAAUGAGGAGAAGGAGGAAGAAAAGAAAGAGGUCGAGGCGAAAUGGGAGGAAGAAAAAAGGGAAGAAGUGAAUGACGACGAAGAUGAAGCAAAAUCCCAGGGAGAAGACGAGGGGAAGGGCCAAAACAGCCACUUAGCUGAGGAAGAUAAAAAAGAAACAGCUAAAAAAUGUGAAAUUAGAAAUAGAAGUAGAAGUAGAAGUAGAAACAGAAGUAGAAAUAGAAAUAGAAGUAGAAGUAGAAGUAGAAAUAGAAGUAGAAAUAGAAGUAGAAGUAGAAAUAGAAGUAGAAGUAGAAAUAGAAGUAGAAGCAGAAGUAGAAGUAGAAGUAGAAAUAGAAGUAGAAGUAGAAAUAGCAGUAGAAGUAGAAGCACAAGUACAAGUAUAAAUGUACUCAGAGGUGUACGUAGCAGUAGUGGAAAAGACCCUCAGAGGAAAAGCCCCUCACGAGAUCAUAGUAGAAGGAAAAAUAAAAGUGACAUGUUAAGGAAAAAAUGUAAAAAAAACGUUGAGAGAGAUAAUAAAAAAAUAUUUGAAGAGUUAAUUAAUUAUUGCAAAAGAUAUAUAAAUACAAAUAUUAAUUAUAAGAAUCAGAAUAUUGGAUUUUUUUUCAUAUAUAACAAGAACGAGGGUAUAAACUAUUACAUUUUGAUAUUACUAGCAAAAAUGAGGAGGGAAUUAGUUAUAGAUAAUUUCUCUGCAUGCUUAACCAAAUAUUGUCUACUUAAUCUCCACAUUAAUUUUAAUAAUGAAAAUAAAAGAUACGUAAAAGAUUUAAAUACGAAUAAAGGUACAUGCUAUUCUGAUAAUUACAGCUACGAAAUUGUGGAGUGUGUAAAUAAAAAUGGUGGAUGGGAGGCAGAAUCAGAAUUAGCAGGAAAAUGCAAAGACACACAACCAGACGUUUCAGUUAAUAAACAUGUUAAUAGGGGAAAAAUUUAUGGGGACACUUAUGAUAGUACCAUUAGUCGUAAUAACCAAAUAAAUAUUGAUGAUCAUAAAUAUGAUAAUGCUAAUGUGGAAGAAAUCAUAAAUUCUCAAAUUAAAUGCAUUUAUUUAAGUAACAAAACGAAUUAUAGUAUUUUUAAACAUACAGAUAAAAAUAAUGUCAUUAUAAAAUAUAAGCCAACUGUAAAAACAUCACAAGAAUGUUAUGCCAUAAUAAGAAGCAAUUUAUACGGUGAUUUUAUUUACCUAAUUAAAGGUAUGUAUACAGUUAAGAGAAAAAUAAAAGAGAAAAUAGUAAUGUAUAACUGUUGUUGUUUAUACCACUUUAAUAUAAAUUUAUUUAACCCACUGAAUUGUAGUAUAUAUGUAAAAUGUAGAUUCAAAAGAGAGAAAAGUAAAAAUGAUGAGCUUUAUGACAACUUUUAUUUGGAUAACAAUAAAGUGGGAAGGAAAGCAGAAAGGGAAGAAUGCUGCUUUUCCUCCAUGGAACACGAGAAAAUAUUAUUAAAUAAAGAAAGGAGUUACUUUAAAAUUUUAAGUAAUGAACAUUUUAAAAUAAAAAAGAGAACACAUUUUUCUAUGCUCAUAUCAUACUUUUGUAAAGAGGCACUAUCAAAACAUACGUUAAUAGUAACGUUAAAGCCUUUUGGCACGGAUAAGGCCAGUGAUGGGACCCUUCCACCAAUCAUAUAUAAAUAUGAUAUCACUUUUAAUAAUGUGGUAAGGCAGGGUAUCGAAGCGUAUUCGUUGACUGGUUCCGGUGCACAAAGUACGGAUGAACUCACUGCUAGGGGGGAUAGCAGCAGUGGAAGUAGCGGUAGAAGUAGAAGCGGCGAUGGAAGUAGCGAUCGAAGCAGCAGUAGUAGCCCUAGUCGUCGCAACAGACAUGCUUGUGAAAGUGGUGGUACAUGCGAAAAAACAAAGAGCUACUCUGUAACCAGCCAAAGUAGCAGCAAUAUGCUGAAUGGGAGUGAACUAAGUAAAAGCGAUUUAUUCCAAAGAGGGUUAAAAAAAAAAUAUAAUUCUAAAGCAAAUGAGUUAGUAGAAGAACAGGAAAUUUGUUUACAUGCAUGUGAUGAAAUAUUAGUAGAAGAUAAAGAAGAAAAGGACAAGUAUGAGAGGAACAUGAGCUAUGUAGUAGAUAGAAAGGAAGAAGUAGUUUACUGUGAUGGAAAAAUAUUCAUCGAAAGUAUAAGUAAAAAGAAAACAUGUUUGAAAAUAAAUAUAGAUAAAAGAAAAAUUAUGGAAAGAGCAGAUUAUAACAAUAUCAUAAACGAGUUAGAAAACUGUAAAAAGGAAAAGAGCAUAUUACACAGAAAUAUUGAAAAAGAUAAGUGCAACUAUAAAAUUUUUUUAAUAAAUUUAAAAAAUGUAAGAGAUGCAACAAUGGAUGAACAAAAUAAAACAAACCUCCAUAUGAAUAAAAUCCUCUUUGAUAUCAGAGAGCAGUUACUAAAUGAUUACUUAUAUGUUCAUAUUAUUGAGGAUACAGCCUCCGCUUUGGUGCUUAGCUUAGAGCUCUUCGCGCAUUUGCCAUUCCACUGUAGUUUUUUCAUAAUGAUUAAGAGGGUAGAACUAGGAAGUCGUGAGGUAGGAAGCGACGAAGUGGAAAGAGGCGAAAUGAACAGCGAGGAAGAGGAUAACUACGUGCUCGUGGAAUCCCUUAAAAGUGAGAAGAGAAAGGAAUUGACAACUAUCGAAAAGAAUUACAUAUUCGUCGAAAUUUUUAAUUAUAUAAAUUUGUCUAAAAAAUAUAUCAACGUUAUAGUUGAUGAUAACUUAUGCUCAGAAACAAAGUUAAAUAUAUUUUACAACCACACAAAUGAUUCUUAUUUUGACGCAUAUAUCGUCAGUUACAAUCAACAAAGUAAUGAUCCAUUUGCAGAUGAAAUUAUGAAUUUUGAUAUAAAGCCCAAGUCUGGAAUAUUAAAACAUAGUAGUUACAAUAAAUUUGUAAUUACUAGGAGUAACAAAAACAACAUAAUAACAUUUAAUAGUUCAUUCUUACUUCUAAUUAAAACGGAAAAGCAUAUUUUUUCCUACAUCGUCUUUGCUCGCUAUACCCCUGCUAGCGAUCUCCACACAGCGUUCUCUUUGUAUUUCCAGCAGGAGCAAAAUAAGGUAAAGGAAAUGCUCAAUGAAAACAAGAAGAAGUUCAGCGCGGUAUUCAACACAUUCAAACAGGAAAAAAAGGAGAGUAGCAUAUUUAACAAAAAAGGUCAGAUUAUAAUUGAAGAUAUCUCUAAGUCAACAAAUGAAAUCCUUAACUGUUAA